AUGGAGAUAACAAGUGUUGCAUUUGGUAUACCCUUUCGCCAUUCAAUAACUGAUUCAUCUUCUCAAUCCACCAAACCCUUUCGCCAUUCAAUAACUGAUUCAUCUUCUCAAUCCACCAAACCCUUUUCCGCAAGAAAAUCACCUAAACUCCAAAUUCAACAUGCUUCCGAUUUGCCUUCUACACUUACAAGGGUUGGACAAAUGUUGACAGUGAAAGAACUCAAUACCGCUUUGAACCAUUUCGGUAAUUCAAACAAAUUUAACAAUAUCUCUCAGCUUUUUUUAUGGAUGCAAGAGAACAAGAAGGUUGAUGUAUAUUCUUAUUCCCAUUAUAUAAAAUUCAUGGCCAAUAAACUUGAUGCUUCAACGAUACUAAAACUGUAUAACAACAUUCAAGACGCAUCGGUCAAAGACAAUGUUUAUAUGAAAGAAGAUGGUCUAGUUCCGGAUCUUGUUACCUAUAGCACCCUUAUUGCAGGCUGUGUUAAAGUAAAAGAUGGAUAUCCUAAGACACUAGAGCUAAUUCAGGAAUUGCAGGACAAUAAUCUGCGAAUGGAUGACGUAAUUUAUGGGGCAGUUCUGGCAGUAUGUGCUUCCAAUGGUAAAUGGGAAGAAGCAGAAUGCUAUUUUAAGCAGAUGAAGAGUGAAGGCCGUUCUCCAAAUGUUUACCACUAUAGCUCUUUGCUCAAUGCUUAUUCGGCAUGUGGAAACUUCCAAAAAGCUGAUGUGCUGAUCCAAGAUAUGAAAUCUGAAGGGUUAGUACCAAACCAGGUCAUUUUGACAACCUUGCUGAAGGUAUAUGUUAGAGGAGGUUUGUUUGAGAAGUCAAGAGAAUUAGUAGCCGAACUGGAAUCUUCGGGCUAUGCUGAAGAUGAGAUGCCGUACUGUGUUUUGAUGGAUGGCCUAGCUAAGGCUGGACAAAUACAUGAAGCCAAAGUAAUUUUUGACAAAAUGAUGAAAAAACAAGUCAGGUCUGAUGGCUAUGCUCACAGUAUCAUGAUAUCAGCAUUUUGCCGAGCCAAGCUUUUUCAAGAGGCAAAGCAAUUGGCCAAGGAUUUUCAGACUACCUUUAACAAAUAUGAUGUAGUUAUAAUGAAUUCAAUGCUCUGUGCAUUCUGCAGAGUGGGUGAAAUGGACAGUGUGAUGGAAACUCUAAGAAAGAUGGAUGAAUUGGCAAUCAGUCCUGAUUACAAUACCUUCAAUAUUCUAAUCAAAUACUUUUGUAGUAAAAACAUGUAUCUAUUAGCUUAUCGAACCGUGGAGGACAUGCAUAGUAAAGGCUAUCAACCAACGGAGGAGCUCUGUUCUUCUUUAAUAUUCCAUCUUGGUCAAGCAAAAGCUCAUUCAGAGGCGUUUUCUAUUUACAAUAUUCUGAAAUAUAGCAAGAGAUCAAUAUGCAAGGCACUUCAUGAGAAGAUUCUGCACAUUCUUCUAGCAGGAAAGCUUUGGAAAGAUGCAUAUGUAGUAUUUAAGGAUAAUGCAACAUUUAUAUCUGGCCCUACCACCAAAAAAUUUGCAAGUGCGUUUAUGAAGUCAGGUAACAUCAAUUUGAUCAAUGAUGUUAUGAAGACACUCCAUAGUUGUGGCUACAAGAUUGAUCCGGAUUUAUUUGAGAUGGCUGUAUCACGCUAUUUAGGUCAGCCCGAGAAGAAAGACUUGCUUCUGCACUUACUACAGUGGAUGCCAGGUCAAGGUUACGUUGUUGAUCCAUCAACAAGGAACCUAAUCCUCAAGAACUCACACUUAUUUGGUCGACAGCUCAUUGCAGAAGUAUUGUCCAAGCAACGAGUUAAGUUAAAAGCCCAAGAAUCUCGGUAG